AUGGCAGAAGACGGGAGUAGCGCUGAAGAAAGACUUCUGCUAACACAUCGAAAGGAAAAGAAAGAAUUACAAGCUCAGAUACAAGCGUUGAAACGUUCCAUCCCGAAAGGAGAUAAGAAGAAAAAGAAAGAAGUAACGGCAGACAUCGCCAAGCUAGAAUCAGACCUUAGUGAGAGACAAGAAAAAGAACUAAAUGCACUCCAGGAUGAUGUAGACAAAGGGGAUACAACACAGGAUAAUGGCCUCUCUGGGCAGCUAAAUGACUUAACAUUAGAGAACAGUGAGAAUACUCAGCCUGGACGAGUCAGUAAAGCACAGAAAAGAAGAGAUAAGAAGGCAGCCAAGGAGAAGCAACGGGAAGAAUGUGGCGCUGAAGACGCAGCAAAUUUGGAGUUCAGCUCAAGAAGAAUAGAAGAGAAAAAGAUUGAGAGUGUUUUGGCAAGCAGAGGAUUAAAAGUCAAGGAGAUUUCUUCAGAUGGACAUUGUCUGUACAAUGCAGUGCAACAUCAGCUUGGUCUGCGUGGAACAGAGGUGACAAUGCAGAAAAUCAGGGAGCGUGUUGCAGACUACAUGAGAUCCCAUAUCGAUGAUUUCUUGUAUUUCUUAUCAAAGGCCGACUCAGAUGAACCUUACACAUUAGAUGAAUAUGAGAGUUAUUGCAGAGAUAUUGAAACCACAGCAGCCUGGGGUGGACAACCUGAGAUGAGUGCAAUGACUAGCAUCUUUAAGAUACCUAUUCAAGUCAUCCAAGCAGACAGUCCUGCCGUUAACAUUGGUGAGCAGUUUCAACAGGAUCCUCUAGUUCUGAUAUACCAUCGGCAUGCAUAUGGGCUUGGGGAACAUUAUAACUCGGUCAUUGCUGCUUCAACGCCAUCCAAUCAACCGGAGAGUGAAGGUUUAUAACAGCCAAUGGCAGGCAAUGCCUGCUGCUAAGGGCUCUUCGGAUUGUCAUCCAGUAAUUUAUUUGAAAGGCCUUCAAGGGAAGGUACACGUUUGGUAAUUACUCAAAAUAAAUAUUAGCUUAAAAACUGACUUGGUAACAAGCAUUGGAG